AAAACCCUCCUCGCCUGCGGCCUCCCCGCCGGGCGCCGGCCAUGGACGCGAUCCGCCAAUGCGUCUUGGGCUGCCUCCCCGUCCCCGCCGUCACCAUGGCCGGCGCGCUGUCGGCCGCGGACGACCACGACGGCGAGGACCACAUCAGCGCACUCCCCGACGAGCUCCUCCGCGAGGUCGUCUCCCGCCUCCCCAUCAAGGACGCCGCGCGCACCGCCGCGCUCUCCCCGCGGUGGCGCCGCGUCUGGCGCUCCACGCCGCUCGUCCUCUACGACGCGCACCUCUUCCCCUCCAGCGGUGAGGACGCGCGCGUCGCGGCCAUUCGCCGCAUCCUCGCGGGCCACCCGUGGCCGCUCCGCACGGUCCACCUCGUCCACUGCUUCCUCGGGGUUCAUGAGCGCGACCUCGACCUCGACGAGUGGUCGCGACUCCUCGCUGCCGGGGACGUCCAGGACCUCGUCUUCAUCAGCCAGCCGCCGAUGCCCCUCCCCGCCGACAUCCUCCGCUGCGCCGAGCUCCGUCGGCUCUACCUCGGGUUCUGGGAGUUCCCGGACACGCGCAGCCUCCCCGACGGGGCUGGCGCCUUCCCUCGCCUCCGGGAGUUGGUCCUCCUCAACACCCGCAUCGAGGACCGCGACCUCGACAACAUGCUCGCUACCAGCCCCGAGCUCGAGACCCUCGGCCUCGUCGUCAGCUACGGCCUGCCAGAGGUUGUUCGCAUUCGUGGCAAAAAGCUCCAGUGCGUCCUCUUUUGGGUGUCCAUGGCGGUGGAACUCGCAUUGGUGGAUGCGCCUUGCCUGGAGCGGCUCAUCAUGUGGCAUACGUGCUCUCCUGUAUUUGAUGAGUCUGAUGACGAGCCACGCAUGAGGGUCAGGAUUACUUGUGCACCUGAGCUGAAGGUGCUUGGAUACUUGGAGCUGGGAGCUCACGAGCUUCAGAUUGAGCAUACCGUCAUCAAGGCUGACACAAAGUUGAGCCCAAGCUCCAUGGUCCCAAGUGUCAAGAUUUUGGCGUUGGUGGUGAAUUUUAGUGUCUCCACAGAAGUUCGGAUGCUUGCCAGCGUCCUCAGAUGUUUUCCCAACAUUGAGACCCUGCAUGUGGAGUCUACUAUAGCUGACAAACCAACUGGCGAGCACUAUGCGGAGUUCUUUGAGGAGCUCAGUCCAAUUGAAUGCGUGUGGAACCACAUCAAGAAGAUGGUUCUCCAUAAUUUUCGAGGGGACAUAAGUGAGAUAGCAUUCCUUAAGUUCAUAACGCAGAGAGCGAAUGAGCUCCAGAAGUUGAUACUUGUGUUGCCUGGUGAAGCACUCCUUGAAGCGGGUCAGGAUCUAGUGGGAGCUCUAGCUAUUCUGCUAUUGGCUAGUAAAGCAUGCACGGUUUUGCUUGCGGGGCCUAUAGUGGAGCGUGGUUGGAACUUCCACAGGGCAUCCGAUCUUUCUAUUGGCGACCCUUUUCUUUUGGAACAUGAGCAGGAGCUAUUCUGUCUCAUCAAAAAAGGAGAAUUAAUAGUCUGAAAGCACCAUUAGCCUUUGUAGGAAAUCACUAGUCUUUAUGGCUCUUUUAAGUUCACCUUUUAUGGACUAGAAGUUGGUUAUAUGUUUCAGGAUUUAAGUUUGCCUUUUAUGGAAGUAAUACUGUUCUAAAGCUAAAGAAGAUAUGAACUGGUAUGCAUAGUGUAAACGUCAAUGCUAUGAGUGCAACGGUUCAAUCAGGGGAUUACCAAUCUAUCUCUACUUACCAUUC